UCGUUCAUCAGAGAUGUCUGUGGUUAUUAGAAAGAUGAUUUACACUGCAGCUGCUCCAGCCGCGAUCGGGCCCUUCAGCCAGGCUGUCGUGGUAGAUCGUACAAUGUAUAUCUCAGGACAGUUGGGCAUGGAUGUUGCCUCUGGACAGCUGGUUGCUGGUGGGGUGCAGGCCCAGGCCAAACAGGCACUUAUUAACAUGGGGGAGAUUCUGAAAGCCGCUGGAUGUGGAUAUGAAAACAUUGUUAAGACAACAGUGCUGUUGGCAGACAUAAAUGACUUCAAUAACGUUAAUGAUGUUUACAAGCAAUUUUUCAGCCAACAUUUACCAGCUAGAGCUGCCUAUCAAGUAGCUGCCUUACCCAGAGGGGGGCUUGUUGAGAUUGAAGCAGUUGCUGUAUUGGGACCCAUCACAGAUGCCUCCUUACCGUAUGACCAAAGAAUGCACAACAAAUUGUAAAUCAGUCAUAAGGAGAAAGCCGCAGCCACAAAUUAGAAAAGCAAUC